CACACAAUCCAUCUCAAUCCACCUCGUAUCACAUCACAUUCAUUAAAAAAAAAACCAAACAAUAUUAUAUACAAAGUUACUAUCUCAAACAACAAUACUCCCUUCACAUAAUAAAUCACAUAAAACAUAUAAAUACAUACCCACAUUGUAUGUAUUAUUAUUCUUGAUCAAAGUUAAAAAAAAAAAAAAAACAAAGAUAGAUAGAUCAAUAUAUGAUGUGGGAAGGAGGGUCAUCAACACCAACAAAUGUGACACAAGAGGGUGGCGCAGGAGGGAGGAGGAAGCCGUCGUGGAGAGAAAGAGAGAAUAAUCGAAGGCGAGAAAGGCGAAGGAGAGCGAUUGCGGCGAAUAUAUAUAACGGGUUAAGAACACAAGGGAAGUAUGAUUUGCCAAAACAUUGUGAUAAUAAUGAGGUUUUGAAAGCUCUUUGUAGAGAAGCUGGUUGGGUUGUUCUUCCUGAUGGCACUACUUUUCGAAAAGGAUGCAAACCACCACCUUCGAUAGAAAUCGGAAGCACAUCAACUAACACAACACCAUGUCCGAGUCCGCCUUACUCAUCAAACAAUCGAUUCACUUUUUUUCACGAAACAAUACCCUCUUCACUUCCGCCGCUAAGGAUAUCAAACAGUGCACCCGUAACACCCCCAAUUACAUCCCCAACUUCAAAACCUCCACAAAACAACAAUUUCAUUUUAGAAUCUUUAACUAAUCAUCAUCAUUAUCAAUCAAUGUCUUCCUCAUUCAACUUACCAAAUUUUACAAUUUCCGCCUCUGCCCCAACAAGCCCAACAAGGUAUUAUCAACGUUUCAAACCUAUGCCUAUUCCAGAAUGUGACGAGUCUGAUUGGUCUAACAUCGAAUCUUGUCAAUGGGUACGGUUCCAGAACCAAGAGCCAAUGGCUAUGAGUAGUCCUAACUCGCCAACAUUUCAUUUCGUGAAGCCAAUGGCUCAAGAAAAUGUUACAAAUAGUAACGGCGCAGUUUAUGGGAAAGGAAAAGGGAUCGAGUUGGAGUUUGAGAAUUGCGGGUUGAAGGCGUGGGAAGGGGAACGUAUCCACGAUAUGGGUUCGGAUUAUCUUGAGCUUACUCUUGGAAGUGGCAAUGCUAAGUGAUGAAUGAUGGAGUUCUUGAAAAUAAUUUAGAGAUUUUAUUAGAAUCUAGUAAUAGUAAUUUAGCGCCAAUUAAUUUAUUCCUAAUUUACCUUAAUCAUCAAAAUGUGUAACAAUUUUGGAGUUGUAAUCUGAUCCUUGUUUUAUUUUUA